AUGAGCUCCUAUUUUGUUAACCCUCUUUUUUCUAAGUACAAAGGCAGCGAGUCACUGGAGCCAACUUACUACGACUGCAGGUUUCCACAGAGCGUUGCCCGCAGCCACACGCUGGUUUACGGACCCGGAGCAGCAGCACCGGGCUUCCAGCACCCGUCCCAUCAUGUGCAGGACUUUUUUCACCACGGGACCACGGGGAUCUCCAACCCCGGAUACCAGCAAAACCCCUGCGCGCUGGCUUGCCACGGAGAUGCAACGAAAUUUUAUGGAUAUGAAGCGCUUCCGAGGCAAACGCUGUAUGCCCCAGGCAGACGGAACGGGAGGCAAACCUACAGUCGCUACCAAACUCUCGAACUGGAGAAGGAGUUUCUCUUCAACCCUUACCUGACCCGCAAGAGAAGGAUCGAGGUGUCCCACGCCCUCAGUCUCACCGAGCGGCAAGUCAAGAUCUGGUUUCAGAACAGAAGGAUGAAGUGGAAAAAAGAGAACAACAAAGACAAGUUUCCGGGUCAGAGAGGAGAGGCUGAGGCAGAAGCCGAGGAAGAGGGCAACGAGGACGGUGAAGGGGAAGAAGCGGAGGAGAAAGAAGCGGAAGAGAAAGAGGAGAGCAAGGAGUGA